CAAGACGCAAACAGGCACGUUCGCCAUUGAAACUAUAGAUACAUCCGCCUCACGGCCAUAGUUACCUCCGCAUUUGCUCUUGAGUCUAUUCGCACCCCCAUGAGUCCAAACACAUAGCCAGCAUUGCGCAAUGAAUGGUUAGAAGGUUUCAUGGACCGCUGACAUCCGAACAAAUUGAGCCCGUUAUUGUUGCAUUAGGGACGGUAUCCUGGAGCGCCCGGAUCAGGUUCAACCCAUCGAUACCCCUGUCAGCACUUCUGUUGACAGCUCGUUCUGCAACGACACUCCCCUGGUCCUUUCACCUCGGAUCUUUCUUAUUAUUGCUCUCCGCCCUGCAUUGCUUGUGCUGCUUUCUCUCUUCUUACUUCCUCGCUCGGCGCCAAGGACGUAAAAGAUCUGCCUCUCUUUCCGAGUCCUUUUAUUUCCGUUCCUUUCUUCAACUGCUGGCUCAGAUCGCUCUUUACUGUUGCUUCAAUUUGGUUGCGCGUUCGAUUAUAGGCUUUUAAUUGUGUCUCGAGGAAAGGGUUACGAGGAGGGUACAAAAGAGAGAGUAUAUUCGCUGGGUGUCGACAAAACACGAUUACAUAUACUCGACGACAACCUUGU